AUGCAUUUGCAAUCCCAGAGCUUCUCCCUCUUGCUCUCCUCCUCAGCCUGUUCCGGGAUGGAUGGCUUGUCUGCUGGAAGCUUAGCCCUGGGGAGCUCUGGGAUUGUUCUGACGGAUGUUUCCAGGGGGUUGGUGCGGUUGGAUGCGGCUGUGCUACUGAGCCAGGCCAUGGACCGGCAUAAGAUCGUCGCGGGAGCUGCUGGGAUGGCUGUGGGCUGCGGGACGGUAUGGGCGACGUAUUUUGGUGAGGAGAACUGGUCAGGAGGAGGGCAGCACGCCUGUUUGACCUCCAACAGUGGGACAAAGGAAACAGCUGCUCGGCUGGCAUCAGGGCUGCCUGGGCCUGUGCUUGCAGAUCUGAUCACUGCAAAGAAAGACGCUCCUCUGGCUAGAAUUCUGCCGAAAUUCGACAUUGUGCUGUCGCCUGCGAAUUCCUCUGGCGGUGCUCCCGUCAUUGGUGGUAUCGCUGGCGUUGGCGGUGCUGCUGGGAUAAAACGGAAAAAAGGUGGCAGGAAAGCAGGCGGAAAUUCCUUCCUGGAUGGAGCAGAGGAGGUGGAUUCAUGGGAUACGGAGCUGCCUGCGUUGAUGACUAUGGCUGAGAUGCAGAAGCACGUGGAGGCUGCUAGCAGAGUGGCAGUGUCGCCUUGCUUCUCAGAGGAGGCAUGCAGUGUGCUGCAUGCUUACUACCUUGUGAUUCGCCAGGCCAAGGUGGACCAGGAUGUUGGGGACGUGUCGCUGCUGACUCUGGAGAGCCUCAUUCGAGUUGCCAUCUCGUGUGCCAAGCUAUGCAUGAGGCAGAGCGUGGUGAAGAACCCAGACGUGCUAGUUGCCAUUCUACUAUCUGAGCAUACCUUCAUGGCAAAGCAUGGUUUUCCCCUCGUGCCUUCGCUUGCAUCCAAGCUGCGACACCAGCCACUGGAUGUGGUGCUGGAGGCCUUUCAGAGCGACCUGGAGCACGUCAUGCCUCACAUGGACACAGAGGAAUGA